AAAACCCGUAUCCAUGUGUGCGUCUGCAAAUCCUUCGGUUCAAUACAAGGCCACAUAUGCUUACGCUCGUGUAGGCGGAGCAGACAGAACACCACAGCAAAACCAACCCUAUCAUCAUCACCAUCACAAUCCCCAUCUCCACUUGAACUCAGCGAACAAGAUUACGACCCUUUCGAAGAAUCCUCGCUAAUUUUUCAGCGGCGCAAAAAAUUUGACCCAGAUUUUCAUAUAGCAGAAAAUGCCCGACUUUGUAUAUAUUCAGUAAAGAUCUGAGCCCCGAUGGAGUCAUCACCCACGCGAUUCUUCAGAGCUUGAAUGUGUAGAUUCAACUACUUGUCUCCGAUCGUUCUCGGUUUGCAGCAUCGGAGGAGUUCCAAAGGGAUACUGGGUCAUCUGAUUUGCAUGGGGUGACAAUGCCGGAGCUGCGAAGCGGAGCACGGAGAUCGAAACGGCUUGGUGAUCUUCAGCCUGCCCCUAAACCAGUGGAUCCAGUGGAAAAUUGUGUCUUACCUGCUCAAAACAGAACCAGGAGGAGAGUUGGCGGAGGAAGAGCAAGGGGUGGUAAUGCCACACUAACAAAAGGUCCUUCGGCAGUGACACCUGUAAGGGCUGGUAGAGGAAGGGGAAUUAGGUUGAUAGAUCUAGACCCUGAGCCUCCCUGUCAAGUUCUUCCUGAACCUGUUGCUAUAGGGGUCGGAGAACCAGUUGCCAAUAGAGUAGCAGAAGUUGCAGAUAAAGACGUUGCAAUGGAGGCCGGAAGUGCUGAUAAAUUGGGUGUUGAAGAAGAAGCAAGCACAACUCCCGUUCCUGACCGGGUACAAGUAAGUAAUUCUCCGACCUAUAAGGUAGAAAGGAAGUUGGGGAAGGGUGGUUUUGGCCAAGUUUAUGUAGGCAGAAGGGUUAGUGGUGGCAGUGGACGAACAGGACCAGAUGCAGUUGAGGUCGCUGUUAAGUUUGAGCACCGAAAUAGUAAAGGAUGCAAUUAUGGGCCUCCCUAUGAGUGGCAAGUGUACAAUACUUUGAACGGGUGUUAUGGGAUACCAUCUGCUCACUACAAGGGUCGCCAGGGAGAUUUUUACAUUUUGGUAAUGGACAUGCUUGGGCCCAGCCUUUGGGAUGUCUGGAAUUCUUUAGGCCAGUCGAUGUCACCAAGCAUGGCUGCUUGCAUUGCAGUGGAAGCUAUAUCAAUACUUGAAAAGCUUCACUUGAAGGGGUUUGUGCAUGGAGAUGUGAAGCCAGAGAAUUUUUUACUUGGUCAACCUGGAUCUGCUGAUGACAAGAAGCUAUAUCUUAUUGACCUUGGUUUGGCAUCUAAAUGGAAGGAUGCAUCAUCAGGACAGCAUGUUGAAUAUGAUCAGCGGCCUGAUAUAUUCAGGGGCACAGUACGAUAUGCAAGUGUCCAUGCACAUUUAGGCCGGACAGGGAGUAGAAGGGAUGAUCUUGAGUCAUUGGCGUAUACCUUGAUAUUUCUCAUUAAAGGAAGACUACCAUGGCAAGGCUAUCAGGGGGACAACAAGAGUUUUCUUGUUUGCAAGAAGAAAAUGGCUACUUCUCCAGAGUUGAUGUGUUGCUUUUGUCCUGCCCCAUUCAAAGAGUUCCUUGAAGCUGUCACAGUUAUGAAAUUUGAUGAGGAACCAAAUUACUCCAAACUGAUAUCCUAUUUUGAAAGUCUGAUUGAACCGUGCACGUCACUGAGGCCAAUUAGAAUCGAUGGUGCCCUCAAGGUUGGGCAGAAGCGUGGAAGAUUACUCAUAAAUUUGGAAGAAGAUGAACAACCUAAGAAGAAAGUAAGGCUAGGUAGUCCUGCUACCCAAUGGGUGUCAGUCUACAAUGCUCGCCGUCCCAUGAAGCAGAGAUAUCACUACAAUGUUGCGGACUCAAGGCUGCACCAGCAUGUGGAAAAGGGUAUGGAAGAUGGAUUAUAUAUCAGCUGUGUCGCUUCUGCAGCUAAUCUUUGGGCCCUCAUUAUGGAUGCGGGAACAGGUUUCUGUUCCCAGGUUUAUGAACUCUCGGCUGUUUUCUUGCAUAAGGAUUGGAUCAUGGAACAGUGGGAAAAGAAUUAUUAUAUCAGCUCGAUCGCUGGUGCUACCAAUGGGAGUUCCUUGGUAAUUAUGUCCAAAGGAACUCCUUACACCCAGCAGUCCUACAAAGUGAGUGAAGCUUUUCCUUUCAAAUGGAUUAACAAAAAGUGGAAAGAAGGUUUUCAUGUCACAUCCAUGACAACUGCUGGCAGUCGUUGGGGUGUGGUAAUGUCAAGGAACUCUGGAUAUUCUGAGCAGGUAGUGGAGCUUGACUUUUUGUACCCAAGUGAAGGAAUACACAGGCGGUGGGAGAGUGGUUACAGAAUAACUUCCAUGGCUGCUACUGCUGAUCAAGCAGCUUUCAUACUGAGCGUACCAAAACGUAAAAUCAUCGACGAGACUCAAGAAACUCUACGUACCUCUUCCUUCCCAAGCACCCAUGUAAAGGAAAAAUGGUCCAAAAAUCUCUACAUUGCAUCUAUAUGUUACGGUCGGACUGUUUGCUAAUGGGUGAUGCACAUUGCAUCCAUUCAACGAAACAGACUUGGGGAGUCGAAUUUCGAGCAGGGGUGAAAAAUUCGAUUUUCCGGUUUCCAGGUGGAUGCUAGAUCAGAAGAAAUCCUGGCUUCCCAUGUAAAUCUUCCUCAAUGUUGCUGUAGAAAGGGAGAAUAAAAGUGUGACAGACGACAAACAGGAGUUGCCGAAAAUGUGAACUGAGAGAUAUGGGAAACUGUUGGUUUGGCAACAGACACCGUGUAUUUUGCAUUGCUGACCUGGUAAUUGCAGCCAAAGUUGUGGUUCUUAGCUGUCAUUGUACAUUCUAUAAUGCGAAAACGAGUGCUACAUACAUGGAGUAAUUUAUACUGAUACAACUACUAUUUUAUUUUUUGGUUCAAUUCAUAAGUAAAAAAAGGUGUUGAAUAUGGUUUCAACUCCUGUCUUUGUCAAUUUUCUGUAUUCGCAUCUGUAGAGUUAUUGUUUAUGAAACUUUGAACAAAUGUAUCACUGGAAACCGAAAGGUUUAGACGGGAUUGAGAUGCAUAUACAGGAGAUUUUCACGAA